GGGAAGAGUGCGGCCAAGUUAAUGUCUAAAAGUCUGGUUAAAAGCCUAAUAUAUAUUAUAUAUUUUUUAUAUACAGUAAAAGAAAAUUUUGGUCGAACUUCGAUUUAAAAGUUUAUGGAUUAAUUUCAUUUUAGCUUUUUUUUCAUGUGUUAUAAUAUUGUCAUUGUGAUAAUUGGUAAAAUAUUUGGUACUCAAACACAUCUUUCAAAAUGUCAAUAGAAGCAAACAGCUGUUCAUGUUUUCUUGACAUCGAUUUAGGGGAGUGCUGCAGUUGUAGAAAUAUUUUCUGUGUUUGAUAAUUAGAAAUUAAUUAUAGAUUUUUUAUAUCCAAUAUAAAAUUUAGUCAUAAUGUCUGAAGUGAUGAAAGAUUUUGAUAAACCUGACUUUAGUGUGGAUAAAUACACCAAACAAUUAGUUAAAGAAUGUGUCGGAGGCGCAGACUUACAGCAACGCAAAAAGGAUAUUCAGGUUUACAGCGACCAAACAUCAGCAACGUUAAAGAAAUCCGUUUAUGCGAAUUAUAUGCAAUUCAUUGAAACUGCAAAAGAAAUUUCACAUCUCGAAUCGGAGAUGUAUCAGUUAUCACAUAUACUCAUAGAACAGCGUAAUAUACUCGCCUCUCUUACUGACGAAAAGUCACCAGGGAAUGCUCAGAAUAAUGAGGAAGGCGAAGAGCAACCAACACAGGAGGAUGUGGAAAACAGUCACGCUACACGUGCUGUAAAGGAAAUGGUGCAGGGUUUCAAUGGCAAUCUAGAGGGGAAAACUUUCCUUAACGAGGGUGCACUCAUCGAACUAGACAGCAAUGAUUAUCGGCCUAUACAGCGGGUAUUUUUCUUUCUGUUUAACGAUGUGCUUAUCGUAUGUAAAGUAAAACAUGACAAGCGGCUGGAGUUUCUAACAGAAUAUGAUCCCAAGAAGAUUGCUGUGAUAAAUAUCAAAGAUUUAGAUGGAGUACGCAAUGCAAUAAACAUAAUAACACCAGAUGGCUCGAAGAUUUUCCAAAGCGUUACUGCUGCGGGCAAAACGGAGUGGAUAGAGAAAUUGGAAGUUGCCUUUCGUUUUGACCAACAGAAGAAAACCAACAAAAAAGGGCCGGCACCACAACCACCCAAGGCGAAACAGUCAACGCAACAGCAAAAGGAUUCGCCAAGUGACGCCAAAUCGUUAGUCUCCGAUCUCAGUCCCUCGGAUUCGCAUACUGGCAAAGCUAUUGAAAACUAUGGACCCGAUUGGAUACAUACGGCCAGCGAAGAAAUACAAACACUUGUCGCACAAAGAUAUUUUGAAGAUGCGCAGGCGUUAAUUAGACGCACCCAAGACUAUAUAGCAAAAGACUCGAGUUUUGUGAAUGCAAAGCAAAUAACGGAAAAAGUUAAAGCCUUAGAAACACAGCUGACAGACGUACUGCUGCAAGAACUUUCCAACUGUCAUUGUCGUAAUUUGCAAGUCACUUUGCGUGCCUCACGGCGUUCGCUAAAGAUACUCGUCGAUAUAGGACGUGCGCGACAGGCCUGCGGUACGCUACUCAAAGUGGCCACAAUGGCGCUACGUACAGCACAGCGUGAGGCGCGACGCAACAACACCGAGAUAUCGGAGUUGUUCUUCUGCGAUCUGACGCAGGUGGCAUGCGAAUUCUUAACUGCCUUCGAAACACAACCGGCAUGUGUCGGCGCACUCGUGGUGUGGUGCAAUGCUGAACUGCAGUAUUUCGCCAGUCAGCUGAUAAAGCAUUAUCUUACCAAAGGUACGCACUUGGAUGCUGUAGCGAAAUGCAUUGAGGGCAUACGCAAGCCAUGCGCUAAGCUGACAGAAAUCGGUUUAGACCUCUCAUACCACCUUGAAGGUCUCUUGCGCAGCACACUGGAGUCGCUUAUCGAGGAAUCACGUAUGCGUUUGCUGGAAACAGUUGGACGUAGCGAAGACACUUGGCAACCAUACAAUUUGCAAACCAAAAGCAAUCUCAAACGCUUGCUAUUAGAAUUGGAUGCGCUUGGCAUCGAUAUGCGCACACAUACCACCGGCGAUACAUGGAUCAAUCUCACGCAGUCCACAGUGUUGUUCACACGCCACUAUCUGCAGUUGACGGCACAAUGCGCACACUUGGCCAAAAGUGAGGUGCUGUGGCCCAGUUUAGAAGUGCUUUUGCGUGAUCUGAUGAUGGCGCAGCAAGCUGUAAAGCCGGUCACAGGCCUGAGUGUGGAUCCCAACUUCGUGCUGAAGAAUAAGCUAUACCUGCUGGAAGAAUUGCUGCCAAUCGCUAUGGCCAAUUUCCGUAGCAUAAGUGGUAGUGAACGUAACUGUGAAAUGCUUUUGGAUUUGCAGCGUCAUUUGCGCAAACAGUUGGCGCCUGUGCCCAAGCAGCGUAGUGUCUAUCAAACUGAUGUAUUUUGAAAAGAGAUCACAGCCAUUUGAAAAGCACAAAAACAAAAAUAGCUAACGUAUUUACAUAUAUGUGCAUAUGUACAUAUACGCUAAAAAAAACAAACGCAUCGAUAUGCUUAUUUUCGCAUUACUUUGAUUACACAUAUAUUUUUUCAUUUUAUUAUCAUUAUUAUUAUAAUAAUAAUUAUUAAUUUAAAUUUAUAUUAUAUAAUAAUUAUGUACAUAAAUAACCACAUUAAUAAAUUUUAAUCGAUUAUUUGCUGCGUUUUUUCCACAAACCGAAAUUGCAUAUUGUGUGCAGCGUGCGAUUUUCUAGUAUUUUAGCUGGUUGUUGUUGUUGUUGUCUGCCAACAAAACACGUUUCCUCAUAUUUGUAAUGUUAAAUUUUUUGUAUUUCUUUUUUUGUUUUUUUUUGUAUUCGAAUUGGCUAACAAAACAUUUGCCAACAAUGCACACAAACUAGCCCACAAAUAAAUAUGUAAACGCCGUGUUGCCUUCUAAAGGUUCUUAUAUGUGUAGGUAUGUAUAUGCAGUUUUUCACCUUUUCUUUUAACUACAUUACAGUUAUGUGUAUUUAAAGCAGUGUUGGUUUGAAGUAAAACGUUAAAGCGUUGCACUCUCAGUUUUUGCGUUGAUUUUUUUUAUUUUUAUUUUAACUUUUCUUUAGCUUACGAAUGUAAAAUUUACUUUUUAUAUUUAGUUAAUAAAAGUACACAGUGUUUAUAUAUAUGUAUAUAACCUAUGUAUGUACUUCAAAUAUAUUCUACAUAUAAAUUAAAAGUAAAAAUUAAUUUAGUUUUUUUUCAUGCAUUUCGUCACUUUACUUUGCAUUUUUCGACUUUAUCGUUGUGUGAGUGCGUUCUUCUGCGCAUGCGCACAUACACAGGUGCAUACAAGUGGGUGUGUGGAUUUAAGUAGCUGUUGCAGCGAAGCGUAAGUAUAAAUAAAAAUCAAAAACAAAGAAACCGGUAACGUUGACUUUAGCAUAAUUUUCAGAAAAUAACGGUUUACUAUUUACAUUGUAUACAAAUUAUAUUUCUAUAUGUUUAUGUUAUUUUUUUCGAAAUAAAAUUUUAUCGCAAUAAAAAUAACUUGCUUUGUAAUUUUAAGUGGCAAUAAAAUUAAUUUUUUAUUAUUUACACACAUAAAUGGAAAAUGACUCGAAAAAUACCAUUUACCGAGGCACAACUGCUAAAAGCUCCUUUACGGAAAACAAUUGGAAAAAAUAUGUGGCUUAGAAUUUGCAAAAAAAAAAAAAAAAAUUACCCAGAGAAAGUUAGUUGAGCUUUAGCAAAAAAUUUUAAACUUCCGAUAGGCAACAAAUAUAAUACGUUGUUGUUUCGGCAGCAAUAAAAAUACGCCAAUAAGUUUUGGCAAUAUAAUAGCUGUAAUGCCACAACUUGGUCGCAUGCAAAUUUUUAAGCAUUCUACUACCGUGGUCCGACUCUCUUAAGCAAGCAUAAUUUUUCAUAUUGUUGUUUUUUUUUGCAGGUACGAACCAUCACGAAGGUUACAAUUAGGCAUUCACAGAUGUUCGAUGUUACAAAAUUUAUUGAAACAUUCGAAAAUCUAAACUUUUAAAGUUAUUUAUAAACCAGCAUAGAUUUAGGCGCACAUAUGAAAAUUUAUAAAGUUAAAACGUUUUUAAAUCCAAAAAAAAAACAAAAAGUGAGAAGUUUAAAAUUGUUUUGUUUAAAAUUUUUGCACCAUAUGGCAGUUGACAACUCGAGUCUCAAAGAAUGGCCGUUAUCUUUAAUGUCAAAUUUGCCGCUCAAGCACAACUUAUUCUAACACUUGUACCAACUAACAACUUAAAUAUGAAUAUAACGGUAAUUAUGUGACUUUUUUCAGUUAUAUAUGUAUAUAUACUUUUUAUUUAUAUUCAGUUAAAUUUACGCUUCGCACUCGCUGCUUUUACAAGUAUAUUUUCUUUUAUCAUUUCAUUGUCAUACCAAAUUUAUUUUCGUUACUUAAUUACAUAAUGCAUGUUUUAUUUGAAUUUAAAUUUAAUUACUAUAUAUAAGUAUUUAUAUUUAUAUAUGGAUAUAUAUACAUAUAUAUACUUUUAUAUUUCCAUGUGUAUGCGCGUGUGUGUGUAUAUGUGUAAUUUUUUUUUUUUUGUUUUUGCUUUUUGUUGCAUACUAUAUGCACGUUUUUGGAAGAUUGAGAAAUAGAGCAGUUCAGAAAGUCUGCAAAAUAGGUGAAAAAGCGGAAUGGACUGUGUGAGAGAAAAAUAAAAGAAAGAAAAUAAAGAGUAAAUAGAAGUAAAAAAAAAAAAAAAAAAAAACUCAAAAGUAGAAAAUUAAGCAACCAUAACUGUGUGGACGGGGCGUGUAUGUAGCCGAAGUAAUGCUUGAGCUCGUUGGGUUAGACUUGCAAUAAUUGCCACACAGCUGCGCGCUAACCAAGUCGAAUAGCUAAUUACGAAAAACGCUUGCGAUUUUGAAUGAAAUUUUCAUUAUUUUGUGCAGCAGCGACAUGUUUCUGUAGUUGUAGUAGUGCAACACUGUGGCAAUUACUAACUGUAAAGCAAAAAAUUUAUGCUUUUUAAUAAAGCAUCUUCACUUUGUUAAUUCGUUUGCCGUUGUUUUCACUUCUUUGUUGUUGUUUUGGUUAACGCUCUGCAAAUACGCGCAUUAAACGCAUAUGUACAUAUAUACUUAAGUGUUAUUUUCUAUUCCAUUUUGAUACGACGUUUCUUUACUAUAAUUUAAUUUAUUUAAAUUUAAAGUUCUUCGUUUAUUCAUUUUUUCAUACAGUAUUAUCGUACGCACUUAAACUACACAAAAAUAUAUAUAUUUAUAUAUAUCUAUGUAUAUAUGUAGACAAUUAAAAUUAAAGAAUAAAAUAAAAUAAAAUAUCAAUGCGCUUAAAAUGGACAAGAAAAAAUUAUAUUAUAUAUUAAAAUCAUAAUAAAUCAUUAAAACUAGGUAUUUAAGCGUUUACAUACAUACAUGAAGAAAUGAUAUUUGAAAUUUUUUAUUUAAAAAUAUACAAGUAAAAUGUUUAAAUGUUGCAGAAAACAAAAAAUGAAAAAUUAGAGCAAGAAGAAAGCUCGAAUAUAACAAUCAACAGAAAGCAUGAGGCAUGCGGAAGCUAUUACGAAAAGUAGCCAAAGAAAACUAUAGUGUCUGCGUAAGAAACAAUACAUACACAGAUAUGUUUGGAAAUUAGCUUAGCUUAGAAAACAAAUUACAGAAAUUAUGACGCGGCUGCCUAAAAAAAAGUCAAAACCAAAAAAAAAAAAAAA